AUGGUUCCUGAAGCCAAUAAUUUGUUGUGGGCUGCAAGGAACCCUAGCAGACCAGUGCUGGUUCCUCGAGCACCUCUCAAUGUGAUGCAGAAGGGACAUUCUAAUGUGCAGAGAGCAUCGCGUAAGAUUUCGGCUCAGCAACGCAAGGAGGCGGAAGAUGCCCUGCACAUGGCCAUUCAAAAAGCUCUCUCUGAGCAUGAGGAAAAGACUAACCAUCUUGCUAUCGAACAUGGUAUCACCGUGGAGAAGGUGAAGAAGCUUAUGGGAGGCGAAAGGCACUACAAAGGCAAUCAAAAUGCACAACUUGCUAAUGCUCUGGUACACGCAAAAGCUCAGGAAGUAAAUGCAGAUCAACCGCGCUGCACCAAGUACUCACUUAACAAAAUCUGUGAGAUGGUCAAGGACGAUGAAGAUAUGCAAAACUUGAACCAUGUGGAUCGGCGAGAAUAUAUUCAAAAGCUCAAUGAGCAUCGUGUACUCCAGCAUAUGAGUAUUCAUGCAACUAACACUGUGGCAGCACACAAUGUUCAGUCUACUUUGGACACCAUUUUCAAGAUGCUUGAUAAUCUUGCUGUCCGAACAGGAAUCUAUGCAUGCCUCUUCGCCUCAUGUGGACAUGUGUAUGACACUGCAGAGGCAACAUGGUUCAGAACUGACAACAUCAUGGACUUCUGGGAGGAUGUUGUCCAAAUGGAGGCUGACGAAAUCACACAAAAAUUAGAACAAUGGGCAUGCAUGACUGGCCUCGAUGAACGCGAGACCGUGCAAAACAUGCAAUGUGUUUGCACUCGACUCCUCAAUUCAGGUCUAAGGACUAUAGUAAAGCGACGGGACAUCCAUAUCAACUAUACCAACUUUGAUACCGCCAUCAAGGAGAAGCUUGGCAUCAAUCUAAGGGGUUGGCCUGAGGACAUGGCAUUUCAAUCCCCCACCAGUAUCAAUGAUCUCAAUGCCCUCCUGAAGCUCCGGAAUUCGUUGAAGGACAGCUCUUGCCGUUGGUUCCACAUGUCACCGCAUCAACGAGAGGAGUACAACCUGCAGCUCACUGCAUGCCGCAAGAAAGGAGAAGUCAUUGGCAAGCCUUGGAAGAAGUGUUCUGAUGCUGGAGUACCCCGUAAAUGCAAGGGAAAGGAGAACAAAUGCCAGAGCAAGCGUGUACGAGGUUCUGGGUCAUCCGUGCAGGCCCCGAAGAGUGCAGAGUUUGUAGACUCAUCUGACGAGGAGUACACCAGUGAGGAUGAAGCUUAG